GUCCAAGUUCCUGAGUGACAAAUGGAUGCUGCAGAAGGGCUUCCUGAAGGAGGAGCACCUCACAGUGAAGAAGCCAAGGUGGUGGCACCUCCGGGUGCAGGAGCUGAGCCUAUCGGCCCCACUCACAGUGCUGCCUACGGUCACUUGUGAACAUACCAUUGAGAUCCUUCGAGAGAAAGGCUUUGAUCAGGCGCCCGUGGUGGAUGAAUUCGGGGUGAUCCUGGGGAUGGUGACGCUUGGGAACAUGCUGUCAUCCCUGCUCGCCGGGAAGGUGCAGCCGUCAGAUCAAGUCUGCAAAGUCAUCUACAAGCAGUUCAAACAGAUUCGCUUGACAGACACUCUGGGCAGGCUCUCGCACAUCCUGGAGAUGGACCACUUUGCACUGGUGGUGCACGAGCAGAUCCAAUCGCAGGACCAGGCCCGGUCAGGAGUGGUGGGGGGGCCCACAGACCACAGCCAUGGGAAGUCCACCCAGCGGCAGAUGGUGUUUGGGGUCGUCACCGCCAUCGACUUGCUGAACUUCCUGGCAGCCCAGGAGCGGCACUGAAAGUGAGGCCAGGAUGUGACGGGCUGUCAGCCUACCACCCCCCCUUCUUUGCUUUCCUAAGCACCCACCACACACAUGAUCUGAAAUCGCGUGGCGGUGCUGCUCCGUCCCUGCCCGGCAGCAAGAGUCCGACGGGACAUCCCUGUCAGUUUCCUCUUUCUUAGCCUAUGGCGACCUAGACAAAUCUAUUUAUGUUUUAUUAAAUGUGUCUUUCUCCCAUGUAACUUCCUCUUAAAAUGCUUCACCAAGGAGAGAAUGUGAGAGGAGUCAGCUAGGUGGGAUGGGCUCGAGCAGGGCAGAGUAGAUCGAAGGCAAAAGAGUGUGUCUUCCUGAAGGAGAUCCCAGGAUGGGGAGCAGCGGCAGGGUCCGGGGCACCUGGACAGCUGCGUCUGGUUCCAAGUCCAUCCUCAUGGGCAGUGCGGGUCACUCGGGAUUGCACUGGUUGAAGCAGCUUGAGUAUUUGGGUUUUGUAAUUGAGGUGAAAUUCACAUAGCCUAAGGUCAAUCAUUUUAAAAUGAAUAAUCAGUGGCAUUUAAUACAUUCUGAAUGAGUAGUCACCACCUCUGUCAAGCUCCAAAAAACCCCCAUCAUCCUAUGAAACAAUCACUCCCCCCACCCCUCCAGGCAACACUAAUCUGCGUCCUGUCUCUGGAUUACCCUCUUCCGUACAGCUCAUAUAAAUGGAAUCACAAAC